GGAGAGUAAAAAUGUUUAUUUCAUCAUGCUAAGUAAAAACAAAACUACGGUCUUUGCUGAGGGUCUUUAGAAGUUAGCACCAUGGCAGAAGAAAUGAAGAUCAAAAUUAAGAACUACAGAACUGUCCCUUUUGACAACCACUUCACCAACCAGAACCAGAACACGAACUGCGGGAACAACUACCUAGACUUCUACCACUCCACGAAGGCAAUGACUGCUAAAGAGGAUGAUGUAUCUGUGUGCAAAUGGUACUGGCAUGUGUACAAGUCCCUCUGCCCCAUAUCCUCGGUCUUGGCCCGGGACAAAGGCAUGUUUCCUGGGAAGAUCUGAACUGGUUCCACCCCACCUUUCCUCUGUUUUCCAUCCUUCUCCCAGGGUGGUAAAGGGGGCCCUGGGUACAUGACGAUCCCUAUCCUGGGUCCAUGAAUCAGGACUUAACUAAUAGUAAAAACUUACUGGUCAAGUAUAAAGAAAACUAUAUGCCUUACAGUAACUAAGCAAAAGAAAAAUGGCACAGGAAUAUUAACAUGAGACAAGAGUAUCAAGACAAAAAGCAUCACAGGAAUAGUCAUUAUGCAAUGCUAAAUGCUUUGAUUCACUGCAAUUUAAAACCACCAGGAUAAUUAUUCACUGCAAUUUUAAACUUGGAUAUCACUAAAAAAAAUAGACUCAAAAUACAUAAAGAAAAAAUGAUAUAAAACUACAUGGAGAAAUUAUCAAAUCCACCAUCAGAGCAGAAAUUUUUACACGAUUAUCAAUAGAACAAGAAGGCAAAAAUCAGUAAUGGGAGACCUUCCAAAAAAAACCAUCACAGAUACCACUUCACACCCAUUGGGAUGGCUAUUUUAAAAACCACAGGAAAUAACAAGUGUUGGCAAAGAUGUGGAGAAACUGGAACUGUGCAGCUAUGAGACAUAUAAGACCAUCAUAGCAGUAUGACCUACAGUAAC